CUUCUUCUAGCUCUCUCCCUAAAACAUGCCACAGUUGAAACAAAAGAAAAAGAAAAAGAAAAAAAAAAAAUCUGAUACAAGGGCUCCCAGCGAGGGAAGAAGAAGCUUUCUCCUUACCAAGCAAGAAGAGCAUGGCUUUAGCCUCCCCUCAACACGCCUUCCUCACAGGCAACCCCCUCUCCUCAAUUCCCAAGCCCACAAGGAGGUCGCUUCCGCCCCUACUGCUCUCAUUCCGGUGUUCCAUGGAAAAGGAAUCAGGCUCAUCUGGCACAAGUGAGAUGAAGUUGGCCAAACUGGGUAUUGUCACGUUGGCGGCUGGUGUGCUCACUCUUGGGUCUGUCCAUGAUGCCAUGGCCGCCAAGUCCGGUGGCAGAGUCGGAGGUCAGGCGUUCCGGUCAGCAGCACCAAGGUCAUCAGGCCCGCGAAUUAACAAUUCAAGGACUAAUGUAUUCAUCAACCCACCAAUGGCGCCGCCUCUUGUUGGUGGGUAUGGCUAUGGGGUACCAUUCUACGGUGGAUGGGGCUGGUCUCCUUUCACAUUCUUUGCACCAGGCCCCAGCGUUGCAGUAGGUAUUGGAGGAGGGUUUGAAGUAUUUGCUGCGUUCUUAGUGCUUGGAGCGAUUGCAGCUGUUAUCAGAAGAUUCACAGGGUGGCGAGAUGGCGAUGAAGAUGACUACUGAUACUAUUCCAUCAUCUGUAUUGAAGUCACACCAAAACUACUCUGCUUUUGUAUUCAUGACUAAUAUCUUUAUUCUCGAAAAAUAUAUGCUAAGAGAGAUAAACAGUACAUACAUCAUAUUAUUAUUUGAUCUUGUUGCAAUUAAAACAUGUAUCUAUCUAACUUUCGAGGUUACCAUAAAACUAUUAAUUUUUGCUGCACAAUAAACAUCUAUGUACCAAUAUUGGUACUUGUUCUUGAUCAACUUGUUCCUGAUAAACACAUUGUUGUCCUAUUUUCAUUGCUAAAGAGAUUUUGCACUCAUUCAGAUUGCUUAGUAUUUGGCUAUGGUUGAAAUAAGAAUAAAUAGACAGAGCAUUAUUGGUAAUAAUCAAAUAAUUAAAUUUUAUAAUUUUACAACUUUGUUAUUUGUUAUAAAUUGUAGCCAUUAUUGUUAGAUAUUAAGGUUGUAACCUUGCAUAUUUUUUAGAACCUUGUCCUAGGAGGGCAUGGCUAUAUCACGUGACCAACCUACACGACUGGAUUGUAAUUCUCAUAUUGGAUUGGAACCAGAACCAAAUGGUAUUCCCCAUUUCCCUGCUUGGUACUUUUCAAGAGAUCUUUAAUUCAAAUUGGAAUAAUGAUGAAUAAACACUAUAUUUUCAGAUCACAAGAUCAUUAAUAAGCUAAUGUCAUUCCAUUUCAAGAAUUUGAUUAGGGUCAGGUCAGGUUGGUGGGUGAACCAAGAACUAGAGCAUCUCCCCCAACACAAAUUCGCAAGCACCUGAUGAACCGCUCCGAGAAUACCGCGGCUCCCACCACCACCACCACCUCACUCCCCCAACUGCCUUCCGCCGCCGCCGUCGACCGCCUCGCGAAGCUCAUCAGCAACCACCCUCUCCCCCUCCGUCCCCUCCUCCUCCGCCACUUCCCCUCCUCCCUCCUCCUCGAGCCCCUCCUCCGCCGCCUCUUCGCCGGCCACGCCCUCGCCACCAAGGCCCUCGACCUCUUCCGCUUCUCCCUCCACCACCACCACCACCCACCCCCCUCCCCCUACGCCCUCUCCACCACCCUCCACCACCUCUCCCGCGCCCGCGACUUCGACUCCUCCUUCGCCCUCCUUGAAGACGUCGCCCGCUCCCACCCCUCCCUCCUCUCCCCCAAGCCCCUCGCCGUCCUCCUCUCCCGCCUCGCCAAGUUCCGCCCUUUACCCGAGGCCCUCGACGCCUUCGACCGCGCCGAGCGCACCUGGGCCCUCGCUGGCCUCGCCUUCGGCGCCGACGAGUUCAACGCCCUCCUCCGGGCCUUCUGCUCCCAGGGCCUCGUCGCCGAGGCCCGCGCCGUCUUCCGCCAGCUCCACCACCGCUUCCCCCCCAACGCCCGGACCCUCAACACCCUCCUCCUCGGCUUCAAGGAGUCCGGCCAUCUCGUGGCGCUCGACCUCUUCUACCACGACAUGCUGGCCCGGGGAUUCGAGCCCGACGCCGUCACCUACUGCAUCCGGAUCGACGCCUACUGCAAAAAGGGGCAAUUUUUCGAUGCUUUGGAGCUUGUGGACGAGAUGACGAAGAAGAAUUGCACGCCGACGGUCCAAACCAUGACCACUUUGAUCCAUGGGGCUGGCAUCGUGAAGAACCCUUUGCGUGCCCGCCGAUUGUUCGACGAAAUGGGCGAGAGAGGACUGAGUCCGGAUAGAGGGGCUUACAAUGCUUUACUUGGUUCCUACACGAGGGUCGGGGAUUUGAAGAGUGCAAUGGAGCUUUUGGAUGAGAUGGAGGCGAAGCGGAUCGGGCUUGACGACGUGAGUUACUACACUCUGUUCUGUGGGUUCAAGAGGUUGGAGGAAUUGGAUGGAUUUUGGAAACUAUAUAGGAGGAUGGUGGAGAGGGAAUUUGUACCAAGGACGAGGACAGUGAUGCUGUUGAUGAAGGUGUUCUGCGAGAAUGGGAGGGCCGACUUGGGGUUGGAGUUGUGGAAUUAUUUGGUGGACAAGGGAUGUUGCCCUCACCGGCAUGCAUUGGAUCUGCUGGUGACUGGUUUGUGCUGCAGAGGGAGGGUGGAGGAGGCUUACCACUGUUUUAGGCAGAUGGUGGACAGGGCGUCGGUGCCAUCGGAGAGAGCUUUUCGGGUGUUGGAGGGGUUUUUGAUGCAAGGUCAAGAGAUGGAGAAGGUGGAGGAGCUUGGCCGCAUGAUGAAGGGAGUGCAAGCUUUUGCACCUUCCUCAUGUUAGAUGAUUGAAAUUCUAAGUUCUUGUCAAGGUAGCACAAGAAGAAGAGAUGCUGUGGCAUAGAAUCUCAUUUAAGAACUCGAUACAUUGGAGAGCUGGAUGUAAUAAGUUAUGUGAAUCCAAAUUCUUGAUCAUGAGCUGAUGAAAUUACGAUAAGACUUGAAGCUUGAUUCUCAGGCGAAUGAGUUAUGCUGUUAUUCUGAAAUGGCCAGGACUAAGAUGGCUG